CACAUCGCUAGCUUCAGAGAGGCCCCUAGUUUCAGAGAGGCCCCUAGCUUCAGAGAGGCCCCUAGCUUCAGAGAGGCCCCGGGAGGAAAGCGGCUGGACCCUUCUCCCAUGAUGUGACGCACAAAUAUGACGCAAGCACAGCCGGAAGCUACUCAGAGCGCACGCGUCGUGUCCGUGGAGCACCGUGAGUUCUUUUUUCUUAACUUGUGAGACUUGUUCCCGGUACCGGUACCGGUACCCGGUACCUGCGGCUUCAGUGUGAACCAUGGAGCCUCAAUCAACUCCAGGAGGAGGAGGGAGCCCCGGAGAGAGGGAGGAUGGACGGCAGAAAACUGGGAUGAAGAGGAGACAUGAGGAGGAAGACGAGACCUCACCCACCAAGAAGCUGGCGACUGAUCACAGUGUGAAGGUGGCGAGUCACUACAACAGCCUGCAGGAGGUGGGUCUGGCUGCACGCAGUCGAAGCAGAAUCUUCUUCAUGAGGAACUUCAACAACUGGCUAAAGAGCGUCCUGAUUGGUGAGAUCCUGGAUCAGGUGCGGGGGGCAGGGCCUCGGCAGGUGUCUGUGUUGGACCUCGGCUGUGGGAAAGGAGGAGACCUGCUCAAGUGGAGGAGAGGAGGGAUCAGUCACCUGGUCUGUGCAGAUAUAGCGGGAGUGUCUGUGGAGCAGUGUCAGAGUCGCUACGAAGACAUGAAGAAGAAAAGCCACGCAAACGAGAGACUCUUCAGCGCUCAGUUCAUCACCGCAGACUGCACCAAGGAGGUUCUGUCAGAGAAGCUGGACGACCCGCAGCUGAUGUUUGACAUCUGCAGCUGUCAGUUUGUUUAUCACUACUCAUUUGAGAGUGAACAUAAGGCCGACAUGAUGCUGAGGAACGCCUGCGAGCGUCUGAAACCCGGAGGGUUCUUCAUUGGAACGACGCCGGACGCCUUCGAGCUUGUUAAACGUUUGGAGGCGUCGGACUCUCUGUCGUUUGGUAACGAGGUUUUUAAAGUCUCCUUCCAGUCCAAAGGGUUCUAUCCUCAGUUCGGAUGUCAAUAUCACUUCAGCCUUGAGGACGUCGUCAAUGUUCCAGAGUUCCUCGUCUACUUUCCACUUUUCGAACACAUGGCGAAGCGGUACAACAUGCAUCUGGUGCUGAAGCAGAGAUUCUCUGAGUUCUUUGGUGAGAAAGUGAAGAAGGAGCAUCAUCGCAGCCUCAUGAUGAAGAUGAUGGCUCUGGAGCCGUUUCCCAGUGAGGAUGGAGGUCGACAGGCUACAGACAGCAGAGGAGAGUACAGCCAUGCCAAAGAGCACUGUGAAAGAGUGGGAGUCAAAGUACCUCUGGGCACGUUGAGCAGAUCUGAGUGGGAAGCAGCCAGUAUCUACCUGGUGUUUGUCUUUCAGAAGAUGUCCUGAUCUCUUCUUCUUUGAACAAAGGGGCCACGUUACCAGAUGAGCUUGACCUGAUUAUACCAGAGAGCUGCUGUUCCCGUGAUGCUGUGUUUUUUAACCUGCUCAGCUGUAACUCUGGGACAUUAAAUAAACUGACUGCUACACAGG